ACACCCGCAUCACGCAUCUCGUAGGUUCUAUGACCAUUCGACGGAAUGCAUCGCAAUCACUAAUCGCUCCCCUACAUCACCCCGGAUCUACUAUACAAGUCAUUAAGCCGCCCCGCUCAUUCCCCUCUCCUUCACAUCUCAUCCAUCUCUCUGUGUCACAAUAAUGGGUUUCACGGCGAAGGCAACCAUCCCGCUUCUUCCUCUCGCAAAAGACUCGGUCCUUCUGCCUGGCGUCACGCUACGGAUUGCAGUCUCGAAUCGAGCCGAUAUACCUCUUCUCCUUUCUUCCGCCUUUCAACGGGCAACAAGAUCACGAGCCGGAACUGCACAACUGCCAAUCGGCUGUGUCCCGUUCAACUCCCCGUUCCUAAGUCCUGAUGGAAAGGAGCUCCUUGACAGUUCCAAGAAGGAGAGCAGUGGUCAUGUUGAAGCCGAUGUAGAGCCUGGCAAUGCAACAAAGAAGGACUUGUUUGGAUAUGGCACGCUUGCAAGAAUAGUCGGCGUCCAGGGCAACUCCAACACUGAUCCAUACCUGGUCGUCGAAGGCGUCCAAAGGUUCAGGAUUGACCGGAUUAAACACGAGAAACCAAACUUUGAAGCAGAAGUUACCUUCUACGAGGACGAAGUCCCGGAUCCGAACGAUGGUAACACCCGCGCCAGUUUCACACGACUCAAGCAGAGGUCGCGGGAACUCCUUACCCUGCUUCGCCUCUCGUCCCUCUUCCGGCCAGCCUCAAUGGUCCUCUCUCCCUUGGUCGUUCGUCGCUUCGAGCUGUAUAUUGCGAAGAAAGACCUGUCACAGGCCGGCCAACUGGCUGAUUUCAUGACGGACAUUGUGGAAGCGAAUUAUGAAGAUAAGCUGCGCGUCUUGAGCACAUUGGACUUGCACGACAGACUGGAACGUGUUCUAGCCUUGCUGAACAAGCAGAUUGCAGGUAUCAAUGGCAACAUCAAGAUCACGUCUAUCACAUCAACAUCACUACCAUCGAAUAUCGGUGUGGACAUCUCCGAUCUUAACCAGAGCCAACGUGAAGCACUCGCUAGACGAGCCUUAUCCGGGCUGAGCCCUCCUGGCAUGCCCGGACAAAGGGGAGGAGAGGAUGACGAAGACAAUGAGGUCAAUGAAGUUGAAGAACUUAAGAAAAAGGUCGCCGAGGCAGGUUUAUCACCGGAAGCGCAGAAGGUCGCAGAGCGCGAACUGAAGCGCCUCAAGAAGAUGAAUCCAGCCAAUGCUGAAUACGGAGUGAUCCGCUCAUACGUUGAGAAUCUUGUGGAGAUCCCUUGGACAAAGGUAACAGACGACCACUUGGGUGCUGAGACUCUCGCCCGAGCUCGAAAGCAGCUCGAUGACGACCACUAUGGACUCGAGAAGAUUAAGAAGCGAUUGCUCGAAUACCUGGCAGUACUGAAACUCAAGCAAUCAGUCAAUGCCGACGUUGAUCAGCAGAUCGCACGACUUGCCAAGCAACUUGCACCCACCCAAGAAGGUGAAGAGAAGGAAGUCGAGCCAAUUCCGGAUAAUGAAAAGGAUGCUGCUACCACCAAACUGCAUGUGCUCAAGUCGAAGAGGAUGAUCGACAAGUCACCAAUCCUUCUCCUGGUGGGUCCUCCUGGUACAGGUAAAACGUCGCUCGCAAAGUCCGUUGCACUGUCUUUGGGCAGGAAGUUCCACCGGAUCUCUUUGGGUGGUGUUCGCGAUGAAGCAGAAAUCAGAGGCCACCGAAGGACAUAUGUCGCUGCUAUGCCCGGUCUAAUUGUUAGCGGACUGAAGAAAGUCGGAGUGGCGAACCCUGUCUUCUUGCUGGAUGAGAUCGACAAAAUCAGCAGCAACAACUUCCAUGGCGAUCCAUCUGCCGCCAUGCUGGAGGUCCUGGAUCCAGAACAGAACCAUAGUUUCAGUGACCACUAUGUUAACAUCCCUAUCGACUUGAGCAAGGUUCUGUUCAUUGCAACAGCUAACUCGCUGGACACCAUCCCGGCACCCCUUCUCGAUCGUAUGGAGACCAUUCAACUCUCCGGCUACACAACGAUCGAGAAACGACAUAUCGCUAAACAACACCUGAUCCCCAAGCAGAUCCGCACGAACGGCCUCUCGGACGGACAAGUCGUCAUUCCCGACGACGUCUUGGACACGAUUAUCACAUCGUACACGCGAGAGUCUGGAGUCCGUAACCUGGAACGCGAGAUUGGCUCAGUGUGCCGGUACAAAGCGGUCCAGUACGCUGAUUUUAAGGAUGCCAAUGAUGAAGCCAAGUACAACCCCACAGUCACUGUCGAAGAGCUGGAAGAUAUCCUCGGCAUCGAGCGAUUCGAGGAAGAAAUCGCCGAGAAGAGUUCGCGCCCAGGUGUUGUCACCGGUCUUGUAGCCUACGCGUCAGGCGGCCAAGGUAGCAUCCUGUUCAUCGAGGUCGCCGAUAUGCCGGGCAAAGGACGUGUCCAGCUCACUGGCAAAUUGGGCGAUGUACUCAAGGAGUCGGUCGAAGUUGCGUUGACAUGGGUCAAAGCGCACAGUUUCGACUUGGGUCUCACGCACGACCCGAAUGAGGAUAUCAUGGAGAAGCGAGCUAUUCAUGUUCAUUGCCCUGCUGGUGCAGUGCCCAAGGACGGACCCAGCGCUGGUCUAGCGCACACUGUUGCCUUGAUCUCGCUGUUCUCAGGCAAGCCUGUCCCGCCACAGAUCGCGAUGACUGGUGAAGUCAGUCUGAGAGGAAGAGUGAUGCCGGUCGGCGGUAUCAAGGAGAAGCUCAUCGGUGCGCAUCGUGCGGGCGUCAAGACCGUGCUAUUACCUGCGCAUAAUCGCAAAGACGUCAAGGAUGUGCCUGAUGAGGUCAAGAAAGAUUUGGACAUUAUUUAUGUGAAGUAAGUUCGCUUUCCACUCUUGUUGAUUCCCGUUGCUAACUAUCUGUUACAGGCAUGUCUACGAAGCACUGCGCCACAUCUGGCCUGACUCGCAAUGGGCGGCAGACAACCAUUUCGCCCAGGUGGAGAGCAGAUUGUAAUGUUGUAUACGACUUCGCAUACUUAGCAAGCGGCGUUUUUCGUAGCUAGGAUAGCUUGAAACAAUAUAUGUACCUCAUGUACUGCUUCGUCCAACAAUUGUAUAUGCGCGGCGCAGAUAGAACGGU